UAAACGAUAUCUGUGUCCUACUGAUAUCAUGCCUCUGUAUUUGUUCUCUUGCUAUCUUUCUCUAUACUCAGCCUCUUUUGAAAGGAGCUUUCAAGUUGGGGGUGGUGGCUCAUCUGGUGAUGUCACAGACAGUGGGGAUCUUCUCUUCUCAUGCUUACAAGUGCCCUGGUCUGAUAUUCCAUACCUGCUCACACCCUGUCAUGGACACAUGGGCCCUCUCUUGUGUGGCCCUUUGUAUCCUGGUAACAAAGCACACAGAUGCUGGGGUCACCCAGACACCCAGGCACAAGGUGACAGAGAUGGGAAGAGCAGUGACUCUGAACUGUGAGCCAAUUUCUGGCCACGCCGCCCUUCUCUGGUAUAGACAGACCAUUAGGACACUGGAGUUUCUGAUUUAUUUCAACAACAAGGCUCCUGUAGACGAUUCGGGGAUGCCCAAGGGUCGAUUCUUCGCUAAGAUGCCCAAUGCAUCACUCUCCACUCUGGAGAUCCAGUCUACGGAGCCCAGGGACUCAGCUGUGUAUUUCUGUGCCAGCAGUACAGCCACAGUGCUGCAGAAUCACCCUCUCCCUGUGCAGAAACCAUUCUGUGUCCCCUUCCUCCAGCUCCCAGCAGUUCUGAGUAAAGUCUUCCCUAUUCUUCUCUCCCCAUGGGAAAUAAGUAGAUCUGAGAAAUUAGGCCUGGAGAAAUUAGGCCUGGAGCUUCCAGUAGUUCCCAGCCAUUUUCUGGGCUCCUCUCGUAUCAAAAUAUGGAUGUACUGCCUCUUCGCUAAUUCUUUAACCCUAUUAGAAUCUCUAAUUGACUUCUCUUUGACAUUAACACCAACGGUCAUCACUGGUAGAUCCACCUAUCAGGGGCCAGGAACUCUUGAACUCCUGCCUCCCAACCCAAGCUCAGUCUGGAACAGACAGAUGCACCCCUCCUCUUCUGACCCUGACAUGGAUCCUGAACUUUCCCAUUGUGUGACCCUUUGUCUUCUUGGAGCAGGUCACAUGGGUGCUAUGAUUAUCCAGAACCCAAGAUACACAGGAAAACCAGUGACUCUGAAUUGCUCUCAGAAUUUGAAACAUGAUGCCAUGUACUGGUACCAGCAGAAGCAGGGUGGAGCACCAAAGCUGCUGUUCUGCUACUACUAUGAAUUCCUUAACAAGGAGAAAGACUCCUGA